GAUGGACAUAAUCACGCACUUAGCCAUUUGUUUAUGGGCUUUUGCGCAUUUGGAAGCGGUGUCUAAAGUUAUAUCACGUCAUUCGAAACGAAAUACUGCUUUGGUUUUCUCUGCUGUUGUCCACAAUAGCAACCGUUAAGUGAAAUGACAAGUGCGCGUUGUCAUCAAUACAAGCAGCUGAACAAUCUAAUAAGGCAUAAACAUUUCAACUCCGCAACCUGCACUGAAAAGCUACCCACAUUGACCAUAUAUUUGUCAGGGAACCGAAAGGACCGCUAAUCUAUUACAUAGACUAUAGCUGGAAAGAAGAUUUGGAUUAACAGAUGAACUGUAUUAACUAAGCGUGCUCGCGACACCGUUAUACGCGUUUGCCUUUUAAAAACAACGGACGCAUUGCCCGUGGUGGCAAGCGGUGGGAUUUAUUAGGUUACAGAAGAUGGGUGUUUGUGGAUACUUUGCUGCGUCUUGGAAGUGCCUGGUGGUUCUGUUUUUCAGGCUGCUGUUUCUUGUCCCCGCAGGUUUGCCUGUCCACAGUCAAGGGGAUUCUCAAACCGAUAGUAAAGUGAUGGACAAUAUUACUGUCAAGCAAGGCGAGACCGUCUUUCUCAGGUGUGCACAGGGGGACAUUGUCACACACACGGCCUGGCUCAACCGGUCCAGUAUACUAUACGCUGGUGAGGACAAGUGGUCGGUGGAUCCCAGGGUGAGCUUGGUUACAUUCAAUCAGGAGGAGUUCACCAUCAAGAUUGAGGAUGUGGACAUGACAGAUGAAGGCCCAUACAUCUGUGCAGUGCAGACCAGCAGCAGGCCGAGGACGACGUCAGUGCACAUCCUAGUCCAAGUGCCGCCUAUAAUCAUCAACCUGUCGAAGGACAUUGUGGUCAACGAAGGCUCCAAUGUCACCCUGAUGUGCCAAGCCAGUGGCAAACCAGAACCCUCACUCACUUGGAAACUGCUUUCUCCCUCAGGUGACCUGGCAUCAGAGGACGAGUACCUGGAUAUUUCUAGUAUCUCCAGACAGAGAGCAGGGACAUACCAGUGCACGGCCGUCAAUGACAUUGGCUUAGAUGUCCAGACCGUGGAGAUCACAGUCAACUACGCCCCCAGUGUAUCGGAGGGCAGAGAUGUCGGCGUGGCCCCUGGCCAGAGAGGGGUUCUGGAGUGUGAGGUGGAUUCAAUGCCUGAGGCAGACUUUGAAUGGUACAGAGACGACAGAAGGAUAUUCAACGAUUUUGACGGCAUACAGAUUGAGGACGUCGGGCAGCUCUCUAAGCUGACCUUCUUGAAUGUGUCUGAGGAAGACUAUGGCAAUUACACAUGCAUUGCCAUCAACAAACUGGGCAGCUCCAACACAAGCUUUGUCCUGUAUGAGAUAAUUGAGCCCACUAGCUCAACACUAUUGCAAGAUGGGUCAACCUCUGUGUUAGACUUGACUUCCUCUGUAUUAGAAAAGACCACCUCUGAAACCUUUGCAAUUCAAGCAGGACCUGGAGCAGUGCAGGAUGGGAACAGUGGCUCGAUGGGCACGCAUGUACACACCUACAGUUGUCUACUUCUGGCCAUCAUCCUCCAGUUUCUGCUCAGCUUUUGAUGCAGUGCAGACUUUCUGGCUUCAUAAGGGCAAAGUGUGCUUGUUUCAUGUGUCACUGGAAAGACAAAUGGAUGCACAGAGUGUAUGGGCCCUGCUACAUAAUGUCAAACCAUUGAAAAGUAUUAUGUAACAUACACAUUUUUCUUUAGGAGUGUUAACAACAUAACAACAUUGGCACUUUUUUUGUUUUGAUUUGUUUUCUUUCCCCUCUCAUUAAUGUAUGGUUCUUACAUGUUUGUUUUAGGGGACUCAAAAAUAGACCUUUCCUGUGUGGUAUGUCUGUUUCCCUUUUAUUUAUCUCAGUUUCCACCAACUGACAUAGUCAUCUUAGCCCCAAGAGUCUUAGCCAUAAAGAGCUAAGUUUAUGAGGUGAACGAAACAAACACCUCACUGAAACAGAAGGACUGGAAUUACUCUAGGGCCAAAUAGGCUGUUAUCGUGUUUGUUUUUCAUGUAAUUCUAAUUCAAUCUAUUUCUUGUUCUGACAUUGACAAACCACAAAAAAUUGUUCUUUCUUUCAGCAUUGUAAAUUGUGAUAUUUCAGUUGUUUGUGCAAUUCUAUCUAUUGUUCAGUUUUAACAUAUUUUGAAAGGAGUAAAUAAAAUACAAAAGAUGUAAUUA